AUGAGUGCAGACUGCUCUGUGGGCGCUAACCCGCUGGCGCAACUGAACAAGCGGGUGCAGCAGGACAGGACACUGCAGCAUGGAUCGCACGUGAAUAUACACCAAGGCGCGGAGGCGCAGGCGUUCAAGAGUGGACCGCAGGUGAGCGAGUCGAACAAGUUCCAGAUGGAGCAGUUCAUGGCCGGGAAGGCGAGCAGCGGCGGGAACAUGUUCAUGGGGGCGGGGAUGAGCUCGGGGCCACUGGCGCUGGGCGGGAGCUCGGGGCUGCGGAUGUCCCCCGGGCCGGCGAAGGAGCUCGGGGCGCGCCUGGGGGGCGCGCCGAUGACGGGGAGCUGGUCGCAGGAGUUCAACCAGCAAGUGGGGAGUCCGGUGCAGUCGAGCUCGGCCGUGUCGUCGGUGUCGAUGAGCUCCGCGUCGUCGUCGGUGGCGCGCGCGGGCGCGUACAGGCCCAUGAACAUGAUGCGGCCGGUGAUGGGGCUGCAGGGCGCGCGGGCGGUGGGCGUGGAGCGCCACGCAGGGCCGGCGAUCAACGACGCGGCGUGGGAACAGCAGUUUCAGGAACUGGAGAAGCAGGUGGAGAAGACGCUGAACAUCUCGGACCCGGUGGAGCAGCAGCAGGUGCUGGAGGAGCUGAGCGCGGAGGCGCGCGAGGCGGACUACGCAGGCGGCGACUACGAGAAGCGCUUCCAGCAGAUAUGGAACGACAUACACGAUCAGACGGACGACCUGGAUAGCCGAACGGAGCUGGGCGGCGGCUCGGGCGACUACCAGCGCGUGUUCUCCACGCGGCCGGCGCAGACCGCGCAGUACGCCUUCGAGACCGACAACCAAUACCUGCAUAACACGGACGCGUACAAGAUAGGGUGCAUCCUGAUGGAGAACGGCGCGAAGCUGAGCGAGGCCGCGCUCGCGUUCGAGGCCGCAGUGCAGCAAGACCCGGGCCACGUGGAUGCGUGGUUGCGCCUGGGGCUCGUGCAGACGCAGAACGAGAAGGAGCUCAGCGGCAUCAACGCGCUCGAGCAGUGCCUCAAGGCCGACCCGCACAACCUGAUGGCGUUGAUGACCGUCGCCAUCAGCUACAUCAACGAGGGCUACGACGUCAGCGCGUUCACAAUGCUCGGGCGCUGGCUGGAAACUAAGUACCCCGCCUUCGUCGAGGAGCCUCUCGACCGCGUCGACCGCUACAACCUCAGCCGCCUGAUCAUCGAGCAGUAUCUGCGCGUGGCCAACGCUCUGCCCGAGGUUGACCCCGACGUCCAGCUCGGCCUCGGCAUCCUCUUCUACGCCAACGAGGACUUCGACAAGACCAUCGACUGCUUCCGCGCCGCGCUCGCAGUGCGCCCGGACGACGAAUGCAUGUGGAACCGCCUGGGCGCGUCGCUCGCCAACUCCAACCGCUCCGAGGAGGCCAUCCAGGCCUACCACCGCGCCAUCCAGCUCAAGCCCACCUUUGUCCGCGCCCGCUACAACCUCGCCGUCUCCUCCAUGAACAUUGGCUGCUACCGCGAGGCCGCAGAGCACCUGCUCACCGCGCUCUCCAUGCACGAGGUCGAGGGCGUCGCCAUGGCCCCGGGCAGCGGCAACGUGCCCUCCUCGAACAUCCUCGAGACCCUCAAGCGCGCCUUCAUCGCUAUGGAUCGCCGCGACCUCCUGGAGAGGGUCGUGCCCAACAUGGACCUGCAGCAGUUCCGCGGCGAGUUCAACUUCUGA